AGAGAAAGAGAGAGAAAGACAGAGCUGUCUGUAACGGUAGCAGGAGGUAGCAUAGCAGACACGAUUCCAAAAGCUGCUUCCUCUCAUAAAUUCCCUGUCAACGCAUAAUCAUUCGUUUCAGUUAUCAUCUGUGACACCAUCACACGGUGAUCAUCAUCACUACUGCUACUACUUUGCUUUCUACAACCUUAUGACAAUCAUCAAUGAUGUCACGGAUUUAGAUUAGUUCAUCCAAGUAACAUCGCUCAACUGAAAAUCAAAACCACCACCAAACAGCAAUAUCAACACUUUUUCGUUUCAGCUUUAAACGAUGUCGUUGCACCGUGGUGAAGGAGAUGAGCUCUACGAGCAACUGUGGAAGGCGUGUGCAGGACCCCAUGUGGAAAUUCCUCGUGCAGGCCAAAGGGUCUUCUACUUCCCUCAGGGACACAUGGAACAGUUAGAAGUAUCAACAAAUCAGGAACUAAAUCAAAGGAUUCCACUGUUCAAACUUCCCUCCGAGAUCCUUUGUCGUGUCGUCAACGUCCAUUUACUGGCCGAACCAGAAACAGAUGAGGUUUAUGCACAGAUUACUCUGGUGCCGGAAAAUAAUCAAACUGAGCCUACAAGCCCUGAUCCGUGCCCUUCUGAAGUUCCAAGGCCAAGAGUUCACUCCUUCUGCAAGGUAUUAACCGCUUCUGAUACAAGCACCCAUGGUGGCUUCUCUGUCCUUCGGAAGCAUGCUACUGAAUGUCUUCCAGCAUUGGACAUGUCGAAAUCAACCCCAACUCAAGAAUUGGUUGCUAAGGAUCUUCAUGGAUAUGAAUGGCGCUUUAAGCAUAUAUUUAGAGGUCAACCUCGUAGACACUUGCUCACAACCGGAUGGAGUACUUUUGUGACUUCCAAGAGAUUAGUUGCUGGAGACACCUUUGUGUUUCUGAGAGGGAGCAACGGAGAACUGCGAGUUGGAGUGAGGCGUCUUACUCCCGUUCAAAGCAGCAUGCCAUCAUCUGUGAUUUCUAGUCAGAGCAUGCACCUAGGAGUUCUUGCAACUGCAUCUCAUGCUGUAGCAACUCAGACACUUUUUGUUGUAUAUUAUAAGCCAAGGACAAGCCAGUUUAUUGUAAGUGUGAACAAGUACUUGGAGGCUAUCAACCAAAAAUGUAAUGUUGGCAUGAGAUUGAAGAUGAGGCUUGAAGGGGAUGAUUCUACUGAAACAGACAAAAGAAUUUCGGGCACAGUAAUCGGAGUAGAGGAUAUUUCCCCUCAUUGGGUAAAUUCAAAAUGGCGAUCACUCAAGGUUCAAUGGGAUGAACCUACGUCUUUUCCAAGACCUGAUAGAGUUUCACCAUGGGAGAUAGAACCCAUUCUGGCUUCUGUACCUACAAAAAUAUCAUCUCAAACUGUUGUUAUAAAGAAUAAAAGGCCUCGACAAGCAAGUGAAGUUUCAGAUCUUGGAGACACACCAUUAAUUGCGCCUACUUUCUGGGAUCCUGGUCUGACACAGUCUGAUAUUACACAACUUGGUGUUAUGGACGAAAGCAAAAGGAGUGAAAGUAGUGCUCACAUGUGGCAUCAUAACAAUAACAACAGCAGCAACGGUAUAUCAAUGAAUCAGAGAAAAGCAAGUUGGCUGUCUUCUCCUUCUCCUUCGCCUACUUCAAAAGCUCACUCCGAAAGAUUGAACAGUGACCAUUGCCUUGACCAGGUUGACAAGGAGAUCAGCAAAGUAGAGCCUGCAACAGGGUGCAGAUUGUUUGGAAUUGAACUUAUUGAUCAUACAAGGAGCAACUCUCUUUCUGUAGAUCAUGCAUCUGCAGUAGCAUCUGAGGGCAGAACUGAUGCAAACCACGAGUCUGAUAUCUCAAAGGCUUCCAAAGAAUGGAAACAAGAACAGCCACAAGUAUCCCCAAAAGAGACUCAAAACAAGCAAAUUUGUAGCAGAAGUUGCACUAAGGUUCAAAUGCAGGGGGUUGCAGUGGGUCGUGCUGUGGACUUGACCACAUUGGAUGGUUAUGAACAACUUGUAGAUGAAUUGGAGAAGAUGUUCGACAUAAAGAGACAGCUUCAACACAGGAACAAGUGGGAAAUUGUCUUCACUGAUGAUGAAGGGGAUAUGAUGCUUGUUGGUGAUGAUCCAUGGCCUGAAUUCUGUAACAUGGUGAGAAGAAUCUUCAUUUGCUCCAGCCAGGAUGUGCACAAACUGAGCUCAGGGAGCAAACUACCUAUCUCUUCAAUUGAAGAGACUGUAAUAAGCUCAGACACAGCUGAGACCUGAAACUUACAUUCUUGCAUGUCCUUUUUUUAUGUGUUUGUUGGUCUUUUUUGCUUUUGCUGUAAGGUGUUAGUUUAUCUUUGGCAAGGCAAUUUUCAUGUUACAUGAGAAAAAGUGCUAAUUGUAGUUUGAUUUAGAGACUCUCUGCACACUAAUAGGGUUCCAAAGACCAAAUUCCAUAUUUUAAUAAAUUAGCUGUGAGAAGGAAAAUUGAACUUGGCAAAUGUGGACAUUCAUUUAAUGUUUUGUAUUUGGAAGGCAAAUGUGCCCAAAAUUGUCAUGAAUUUCCAUUGCCAUUUGUGUGUAUUGGAAUUUGAAUAAUGUGGUUAAAUUGCUGGAAUUUAUGUUUUUAA